UAAUGCUAUUUUAAGAUUAUGGAGUUUUCUUGUGGUAGAAAUGGUCUGUCUUGACAACUGAGGCAAUAUUCUUGCCUUAGUAACAUCACUGAUUGUUUGAUUAAACUUCAUUUGUCAAUUUUGAGAAGUUCAUCCAGUGUAUUGGAAAGGGAUUAAUGGGGAAAGUACAGUGCUGGAUUUCUAUCAUAGAUAGUUAUCAAGUGGUUUGAUUGUUUGAGCUUAAGUGCAGGCUAUCAGUGUUUGAACAAUAAUUUAGUGGUAUCUUCUAACAUCAUUUUGGCCUUCUAUCUGAAAAUAUCUUACUUGUUAGGAAUUGGGCUGCAAGGCAGGAACCUGGUGGUGUUUUAGGUUUCUGAUAUCGCUAGAGUUCUUGGCUUAGAUUUGAUCUAGCAUAUUAAAUUGGAACCUCUUGUGAGUUAGAGGUCUAGAUAGGUCCAGUAAACAAGAGGUUUGACUGGACUCAACACUGGAAAUACAGAGAUGAGUUUAGAAAAUGUUAUGGCUUUAUAUAACAUUUGAUUCGCACUCUCUCAAAAAUGAAUAAAUGUUUUUUAAAAAUAGAAUUCACGCAGAUACAUAAGAGUAUAAAGUAAACAGUCUUCUUUUUAAGUUUAUUUAUUUAUUUUGAGAGAGUGAAUCCCAAGCAGGCUGUGUACUGUCAGUGCAGAGACCAACUUGGGUCCUGAACCCAGGAAUUGUGAGAUUGUGACCUGAGCUGAAAGCAAGAGUCCAAUACUUACCUGACUGACACGGCCAGGCACCCCAGAAGCAAUCUUUUCUUUCUUUAAAAAAAUUUUUUUUAACAUUUACUUACUGUUGAGAGAGAGAGAGAGAGAGAGAGAGAGAGCGAGCUCACGUGAGCAACGGCUUGUGUGUGCGAGCUGGGGAGGGGCAGAGAGAAGGGGAACAGAGGAUCCCAAGCGGGCUCUGCACUGACAGCAGUGAGCCUGUUGUUGGGUUUGAACUCACAAACUGAGAUCGUGACCUGAGCUGAAGUCAGAAGCUUAACCACCUGAGCCACCAGGCAUUCCAGAAACAAGUCUUUUCUUUUAAGUCAUCUAGAAAAAUUAUCUUUCAGAAUUGAUACAUUGGCAAAUUAACUUCAUUUUGUAUGUUAUGAUCAAUGAUACUGCUUUUGGUUUUUGAGUCAUUAAGGAAUGUAUUGGAUAAAUGUUUAAAAGUAGUGUUUUGAAUGGGUUUCGUAAAUAUCAAGAAUCAUACUAAGACUCUACUUAUCUGAAAUCAGAGGAGAGUUAUAACUGUGACAUGUUUAUCUUUGCAUGCCCAAAUGCUGGCACUUGUCAGAAGGUUUCUUCUUCUUUUUUAAUUAAAAUGUUUUAAUGUUAAUUUAUUUUUGAGAGAGAUAGUGUGAGUGGGGCAGAGAGAGAGAGGGGGACAGAGGACCUGCAGAGGGCUCUGCUAAUUUGUCAGAAGUUUUCAUACAUGAAGAAUUGUCUGCUUUAAAUUAGCAUGGUUCUAGUGAAGUCAUUCUGGAGGUGGUGUUGAUAAAUUUGAUUCUUAGAGAAAAGACAUGAGAUUAUAUAAAAGGUAAUAGACUACAUCUAUAGUCCUGUUUUCCCUAGCCUUUUCAGUGUUCCUCUGAAAUCUGUGUUUUCUAGCAAGAUUUCCAUGUGGACUAUCUGUCCAUUGUACAGUUAUAAAUGAUACAUUUGUGCCUUGUAAAGAAUCCUAUUCUUCAGGACUGAGAGGGUAUCUGAAAUAGAAAUUAUUUGGUGCUUAAAGAAACUUUUCUUCUGCUUUCUCUAGAUAAUCUGUUUUUCCAUUUUCAUGUUAUUCCAGCAUAUUUGAUUGUUAAUUAACUAUUAAUGACUGCCUUCUCUAAUCUUCCUUCCCUCUUGGAAGGAUCUAAUUGGGAAAAGAUGAAAGUAUUAACUUGCAUCUCUGAAUACUUGGAAUCAGAGAACUGAUACGAAAUUCUGCUUAAAAUCACAGAGGAUUUGACCUGGAGAACUGUGCCUGAAUCAAAACAAGGAGCACCUGAGAUUCUAUUCUGAUAAUAAGAAUUGAGUGUGGGUUUAGAGAGAGGCAAAGACUUAGUAAGCAAGGAAGACCAAAGCUAGGAGGAGUGAGCUUCUACAGAAAUGGUGAAUUAUGGAGGCAACUUGCUCUGGAAAGUGGCUAGCUUUUGUGUCUCUGGAAGCACGUACAUAUAGUCUGUGUUCAUCAGUAGGGGCUGAGGUGGAAUGGCUGCCAUUCCUCUUCUCCCUCAGAUCUCUGUACUUGGUAAUAGAGUAUGUCACUGCAUACAAAUCCAUUCUUACUUCAAUCAAAAAAGAAUAUGAUGACUUUAUUGAGACAAUAAAGGAAAGCCAAAAGACUGCAUUUUGUCUUCAUGGAAAACUUAAAGCUUUGGCAGCAGAGCCCAUAGCAUUGGUAUAUCACAGGAAAAGAACAAUCCAACUUGAAGCAAAAAUGAGGGUUAUUGAAAAUAAUUCCUCACAAAUUCAAUUGCAAAUAGACCAAAUGAAGCAACUUAGGGCAGAGUAUGAUGCAAAAGAAGCAAAAUAUCAUACUUUCUCCAAAGAUCCUUCAAAACCUAUUCCAGGCAUGACUCUCCAAGAAUCCGUCAGUUUAGAUGCUCUCACUAAAUACUUGAAACAUCUUGAAGAUAAAUAUGCCGAAAUUAAACAGGUUAUGUUGAAAAAAUAUGUACCAGUUCAGAGGAAGGCAGAUUUAGAUGAGGAAAUGAUGGUGACAUUAAAACGGAGAGAUUUAGCUGAAAAUUUAAACAAAGAAUUACAGUUUCGUCAUCAAAGACUGCAGAUUAUUUCAAAUGCACUUACUUCAUGGGUAAAAUCUGAUAUGAGCAGCUCAUUUCAAGAUUUCGUGGAGCAAAUUCAGAAAACUAAAGAUUUACAUGGUGACCAAGGUAUUAUUGAGGAACUGCUUGAAGAUGAUCCAGGCAAGGCAAAAGAAGCUGAAAUUUUGCUUUCCUACAUUGAAAGGUUCAAUGAAUUAAUGUUGCUUGGUGAAUAUGAAAAGGCAGCUUGUUUUGCAGCACACAGUCCUAGAAGAAUUCUUCAAAACAUUGGGACAGUGAAUAAAUUUAAGGCUGUUGGAAAAAUUAGAGGAAAGCCUUUUCCAUUACUCUUAUUUUUUGAGGCCAUCUUUAGCACAAGUCAUGCAUGCAGACGUCCUAUUGAUGCAGAGCUGACCCUGGAAGGAAUCCAAUGUGGAUUAUCUGAAAAACGUUUAGAUUUAGUUAUCAAUUGGGUCACUCAGGAAAGGCUCACAUUUUCUGAGGAGGCUGGGGAUGUCAUUUAUGAUUAUGGGGAGCAGGAUACUUAUAACAAGGCCAAGUGCCUGGCUUUAGCUCAGAUGAUCUACACUGAAUGUGGCCUGCACAAGAAAGCUCUUCUUUGCCUAUGUAAACAGGGUCAGAUUCAUGGGGCCAUGGAAUACAUACAACAGUUCAAGGACUUUACUUCCGAUGACCUGAUGGACCUAAUCAAGUUAUGUCCUCACACUGAAUUAAUUCAGUGUCUCACUAGAGAAUGGAACGGAAAACCACCAUCUUUAUCUUUUGGUCUUGCUAUACUUCAUCUGUUCUCUGUAGAUAUGAAAAAAGUUGGCAUUAAGCUACUUCAAGACAUAAGUAAAGGUGGGAAAGGUAUAGUCGAACAUCUUAUGAUAAAUGAUCCAUUUUGCUCAUUAGAAAACUGGCAAGAAGUAGCAAAUAUAUGUUUACAGAAUGGCUUUGACAAAUUAUCUCGUGACAUCAUGUCCAUUCUUCGGUCUCAGGCUGGAGUUACAGAAAUUUCUCAAGAAGAUGAUACAGUCAACUUAAUGGAACAUGUUUUUUGGUAGUGCUACCUCUUAACCAGUUGAGGGAGCUUGUAUAACAUUUUAUGUGUGUUGGUUGGACAAACUGAUUUUGGCAUAACUAACUUAUAAAUAAAUCCAAAGUGUGAAGCUCUCAGAAA